AUCAUGUCGCAUGAUAAAGAAAGAAACACACCUAUAGCAGGAAAGGAAGACCUGGUUUGUUUCCGGUGUUCCUCUGAGCGCAUGCGCAAACCGGCUUCCCGUUUGUGUAUGAACUGUGACAAUUUUUUCUGUGAAGACUGCCUUCUAGUACACGAGGAAACAGAGCGGCCCACUUCCGCUGGCCGUAAACAGACGACCAUACGAGGGGAAGCGUCUCGGCAACAGGUGCCCGCUAUUGCAGCGGCGGCAGAGCGAGCAGAUGCGGUGGCUAAAAGCGACGUUGUGCCUAAAGGACACCCGGCAGCGAAAUUGGAACCGGCGCAGAAUGAGGUGGUGGGAAAAGGGGAAGUAUCUAGACGCGGUACAAUGGGGAUGCCGAGGCAGCCCGGACCUACAGAUACAUGUGAGGAACAUCCUGGGAAGCCACUGGAACUGUUCUGCACACAACAUAACACCGUUGGUUGUAGCGCCUGCAUGACAGACUGUUAUAGAACAUGCACAGUCCUGUACAUUCCUGACAACCUUCACGCGCUUUUCCGACCCAAUGACGUCACGGCAGCAAACAACCGUCUGCGCAACGAGAUCAGCGCACUGGAAGCAGAAAUAAAGGACAUAAAAAACAACAAAACAUACCUCGCUAAAACCAUGCACGAAGCUGAACAAGAAAUAGAUCAAUAUUCUGAUUCAAUAAUAGAACGGGUCGAGGAGCUACGAAGGGAAACUAAAAAUGAAUUAAAAAAGCAGCACGACAUUCUACAAGAACAGAUGACAGAUCAAGGGAACCAUUUUAAGGAAGCACUGCAGUCAGCCAAAAGGUAUUAUGAGAAGAUAACAAGGGUUUCCAAUAGAACAGAUUCUGAUUUGUUCAUCCAGGCUGUGUACUGCGAUCAGGAAGUAGACAAGUGUAGGGCGGUGAGGGCCGGAAGUCGCGAGGUCGGGUACACCGUCAUGGACCUGGAGAAGAGAAACAAGAUCAUCGACUUUCUGUCCCCGCUACAUUCCUUCGGAAAAGCCAUGGUGUCAGAGGUCGAUGUAAACACCAUCAGUGAAACCAUGACAGAAUAUGGUGACGAUAAUGAGAGCUACGCAAAGACCGCUGACAUUGACGAUCUCAAACAAGGCGACUGUUCCUACAAAGGAAAGACUGUCAGCAUUCUGAAGUUCCCAAACGACAAUUCAAACUGUGACAUCAUGGGCGCAAGUGUGAUGGAGGACGGAUCCAUGAUAUUCACGGACAAAGCCAACAAGAGAUUGAAGCGUGUGCAUCCUCAGAAAGAGCUACCGAAUACAAAGUUUAACUUGCCGGACGCCCCUUGGUCUCUCUGUGUCGUUCCAGAAAACUGCAUAGCAGUUACGCUUCCGGAUCUUAAGACUAUUCAAUUCUUCACAGUUGAAUCAAAACUGAAGAUUGCGAAGAAAAAGAUACAAACCAAUUUCAAAUGUUUUGCCAUUGCGAACAACGGGAAGGAACUGUUUGUGAGUGACUUUUAUGCCAAUAUCUACGUCUACGUGAUGCCGGACAGCAAAAUACACAGAAUAUUGCGACCUAAGGAUCGCACCGGAAACGACGCCCUUUCAGCCGUCCAUAACAUGGCUGUAAGUGACAACGGGGGAGUAAUUUAUGUGGCAGACGCCAACAAAGGGUUAUUCGCGAUAGAGAGCGGACACGGACGGGUUUUGUGGAGGGUUGGGACAUGGGCGGGGUUAAGUAGGGGGAGAGGCGUGUGCCUUGAUGGUCAUGGUGGGUUGUAUGUGAGCGGAUGUGACUUGCAUAACGUCAUUCACGUUACUGAGGAAGGGAGAGUGAAUGGUGAAGUAGAGAGGAAGAACGGCGUCUGUCUGCCGCAGGCUUUGAGCUACGAUCGCAUGAGUGAGAAACUGAUAGUAGCUGGGAAGACAAACAAUGUUGUGGCGCUAUAUUUCAAGCACGAUCCCGGUUGGAAUAAGCUGUAUUGAGGACAUGAAGACGAUUUUCUUUCAAAGUAUCAACUAAUAAAAUAUCAUAUAGCUUUAAAUUUGCCCAAACAGGA